AUGGCGCAUAAAGUGAAAAGUAAUCAUUAUGUGGCGACGCACCGGUCUGGUGUCGAUUCGCCUUCAUCUGGUGGAUUUUUACACCGAGCUUCUUCGAGGGAUGAAAACGACAGCCACCGAGCUCCCUCCGAGAGGACGUUGUCGGAAUAUACGACAAUGGACGAGCGAACGCGAUCACCAUCCGGUGGCGGAUCUGGUGGUGGCGAGCAUCGCAAUGGCAGGCGUCAUCACCACUCCGACGGCUCACCAAGGGCUGAUUCCGACGUGUACGUCACUAGCGCUGCCUACCGACCGGCCUCCGAAAUUAGCCGCCAGUCGCGGGCGCCUCGCAGCGUUUACUCCUACAGAAGCGCCGUGGCGCCCUCUGUCGCCUCCACACACCGGUCUAAGGUCUCAAGAAAGGCCGGUGUGAAAGUAGAAGCAAUGGCCGCACCGAACCCGUUCUGUCCGAACGUAAAGGGCAUGUGCUGCCUUAUGCUGCUUCUUAACCUGGGCCUCAUCCUGGUCACGCUAGGUUUCGUCAUUGUGCUGCAGUUCUUCGAACCUCUAUUCGUUUGGAUUCUCGGGAUAGUGUUCCUGAUAUUCGGCUUCAUCACGCUAGUGGGAAGCCUCAUAUACUGUGUGGUGCUUUGCCGGGAAAAUCCUUAUCCUCGAUAUCCAGACGACUUCUAUUGGACACAUCACUGGUCUAAAACCAUAGGGCCUUCGGAAAUACAUUACAGCGCUAGCGAAAAACCGUACAGACAGAACGGUCACGGCGACAGAUAUAAUAAAUACAACGGAAAAUAUUCCGAUAGAGAAAGUGCAAAAGGUUAUUCGGAUAGAGAAAGCAAGUUAAGCAG